AUGUUGAAUCCCUCCUCUUCUUUCUACCUGACCACAUUCCAAUGGCAGUUUGCAAAAAUAAACAGAUUAGUGGUGAAAUUCUAUGAUGUUUCAUCUGGGAAAGAUCUUAUGACAUUCUUUCUGGCCACUACCUUCCUUUGGAUAGGAAUUGAAAACUAUACUCAGGAAUUUGUUAUAUACUGGGUUUCUGUCAUAACUAUACCUGUCUUAUCCGAACGAUAUGAGGCUGAGGUAGAUUAUCUUGCAAGCAAAGGGAACCGAGAUGUGAAGAAACUGGACAGAAAAUUUGACUAAACAUUUCUCAACAAGAUUCCAAGGUGGUCUGUUAAAGAAAAGAAGAAAUUCUGAUUCAGGAUUCUCGUCUCUACCUUGAACCUUAAUUGAGUGGACAGUUGCACAUACAGAUUAGACUUUCUUUGAUCUGGCACUUCAGCUUGUAAAAUUUAACCUUUACCUUCUUUAAUGAAUUAUAAGUAAUGCCAAUGUACAUAUCUUUGCAUCAAGGAUUCAGAGUCAUUGAUCAAAUUGUUUCUGCAAC